UGUUUGAAAAAUUGACACAUUUCGUAGCAGCGUCCUUUGAAUUCUAUUUGAUGAUUCCACGCAGUUUUCGCUUCAACACAAGAAUGCCCUCGCUUCACGAUGUUCUGUGCUUGCUAGCCUUGUUCUUUGAAUGUGUUUUGCAUGCAGAAAGCAUGCCCUGCCGUGGCACAGCGACGUACAGACUUCAGUUUCAAGGAGAAUGGAAAAACUCAUCUUCGCGCCCAGCUGGUGCACAAUUUACUGGCUUUAUCGGUGCCGUUCAUAACAAAUGCUACCAAAUGUGGGAAACAGGAGAAAGAGCAUCGCUUGGUGUUAAAAACGUCGCGGAGGAAGGAGAUUACAUGGAACUCUCUAAAGAGAUCCAGAAACACAUUGAAAAAUGGAAAACCGCAACCGAACAGAUCAAACCAAAGACUAACACCAUCGGUCCUUUGGGUGACGCUCUGCUACCCGAUACUGAAAACCCCCAAAGUGGCUACACAUUAGACAGGUCUCACACCCUGGUGUCUGUUGUUGUCAGGGUAGAACCCUCCCCAGAUUGGUUUGUUGGUAUCAGUAAUAUCAAUUUGUGUAACAAGUCUGGAGAAUGGGUUAGAGAGCCAUUACGUAUCCAGCUAGUCCCAUAUGAUGCUGGGACUGCUGUUCGGUCGCAACAUAAUCAUUCGCUUGUAGUGCCAUCAAACCCACGUGAAAAGAUUGCUACCUUAGAUGAAAAGGGUAUUAGUGAUUUGAAUGGGAUCGAUAUUGCUUACAUAAGAAUUUCAUUCCAGCAUAGUUUUCCUGAUGCAUCGCCUCAGCAUGUUAUUGAUGAAGAUAACUGUCCUAACAAAGCUUCGAUAAGGGAAAUAUCUUUAUUAGGCUGGUCUACCUUAAUAUGUGUGCUUUUUGUAUUCUUGAAUUUCAUGUGAGUUGGUAGAUUUUAAUAGGAUUCAGCUUGAAAUUGAAUCACAGUGAGUUAGUUGCUUGCUGUGUGAGUUGGUUGGUUAUGCUGGCUGGUAGUUCAAACAUAAAUUUUUAACUGUCUUACAUACAUGCAAUUCAUAGUUUAUAGACCUAUUUAUUUUAUGAUCAUUAGCCAACAAUGCAUACUGUAAAUUUACCAUAUAAGAACAAUGACCAUAGAAUAAUGCAUACUGUAAAUUUACUGUAAAUUUAAUUAAUUUAAUGCACUUAAUCAGAAAAUAUUAAAUUAAAUGACUGCAUGUUCAUACCAUAACUAUGCUUUUCUUCAGAAGUGAAUGGGGUAUCAUUUGUUGUCUUGUACAAAUAUAUGUGUGUGUUAAUAGACCUUUUCAGCUUGUAUUCAAAUUAAGCCAAUAAAACCAUUUCAAGUCACAUCGUCUGAAAUGGUUAAGUUUUAUUGGCUAUUCCAUAGUCACAACAUCUGAAAUGGGUUAAUUUGCAUGCAAGCUGAAAAGGUUUAUGGAAUCAAGAUUUAGUUUUUUGUCCAUGUAAAAUUGGUUUGAAAGAUGGAAAUAGUUUUGUACAAAUAGUAUUGGUACAAGCCUAUUGCUUUUUCAUGGUAAGGUGUGUUUUAUAAGAUUAAUUUGAAAGUUCUAUGUACU